AUGUGCAAUAUGAUGUCUCUUGAUCUUAAGAAGACAUUAUAUGAAGUUCAUCCCAGCUUUGUUGAAUUGGAAAGAAUCAAAUCCAUGAGUGUAAGUGAUAGCACACUUGAUAGGCUUGCAGGAAAAGUUCAUGCACUAAAUCAAGAAAAGAAACAGAGGCUCCGGAAGGUCCUGGUGUUUGCUGUUCAUGUUAGUCAUUUAACAAAAGUAUGGCUACAAGAUCUUGGAGGCACACUCAUUGAGUUAUGGAGUCUAACGGACACACCAUUAGAUGAACAGAAAUGCUUUGAUCAUGUUACUUCUUUGAUUUCAGUCUCACAAAAUACAGUGAUGCCUCAAGGAUGCCUUUCACAUGACCUUAUUAAGAAGGUUACAGUUGAUUCUUGA